ACGACUUCGUAGUACAUUCCCCAAUACUUUUUUUUGUUUUUCCGGGUCCACUGGUUACUUACGGAACGUUUCAGCAUUGGUUUGUAUGAACGCAUUGAAUUACGAUGUUGACGUUUUGGUUAUCAUCACAAAUCAGUGUCAUGGUGACUUUAACAAUAUUGUCAAAAUUAUUAACUAACGUUAGUAGUUUAGAAUCGUUGUCGUUGUUAAGUGCCAGAAAUAUAAGUAGAACAAUGUGCGAAGCGGCAGAGAAAAAAAUGUUGGAAAAAGCAUCGCAAUUAGCUCCUCCUCUUACACAUGAAUUACAUAAGGGGCAAGCAGGUAGAAUCGGAGUUUUCGGAGGAAGUAUCGAAUACACAGGUGCCCCAUAUUUUUCUUCAAUAAGUUCUUUGAAAGUUGGUGCUGAUUUGGCUUAUGUGUUUAGUAAAUCAGAAGCUGCUCCGAUAAUAAAAUCAUUUAGUCCAGAACUUAUCGUUUUACCACUAUUGGAAACCUCAAUUGAAGAAAUUGAACCAUGGUUAGAUAGAUUGCAUGUUGUUCUCAUAGGACCAGGACUAGGUAGAAAUAAUUGUACUUUUAAUUUGAUAGAACAAGUCAUAGAGGCAUGUAGGAACAAGAAGAAACCAAUGGUGAUCGACGCUGAUGGAUUGUUUCUGAUUGCCCUUAAACCCGAAAUCUUGGUAAACUACCCAGCUCCAGUUGUGUUGACACCCAACGUCAUGGAGUUUAAUAGACUUCUAGGAGGAUGUUCAGAUGGUACAAAAUUGGAGAGAUCUGAAAACUAUUUGAAAAAAUUAGGACCAAAUAUAAUAAUUUUGUGUAAGGACCGCGAAGACGAAAUAAUCACCAAUGGAAAAAUAAUUAAAGUAACUGGAGGCGGUUCACCGAGACGUUGUGGUGGUCAAGGCGACCUUUUAGGUGGCUCUCUGGCAACUUUUCUGCAUUGGGCCAUUUUAAAAGGAGAAGAACCAGCAGUUGCUUGCUACGCAGCCGCGCGACUGACUAGAGAAUGUAAUGCAAGAGCAUUUGCCAAGCACGGAAGAAGUAUGACUACUAGUGAUAUGAUUCAAGAAAUUCACGGAGUAUUUGAAGAUUUUUAUGAACAAAAAUAAAGUUUAAGGUGUAAAAA